AUGCUGAAGCACCUUGCAUCCAGACAGUGCGCUUCAAUUACACAUCCAAUUGCCAGUAACUUAGUCAACAAUAUCCACACCAACCUUCAAGAGAAAUUUGCUGGCCUGGAGAAAGUAACAUCUUUGACACUAGCAACAUUAUUGGAUCCACGAUUCAAAGAGGUGGGCUUCUGUAGCAUGACAAAUUGUCAGGCAGCAGUGGAAAGACUCACAAGAGAAUGUGCCAGUGUAAUACCUGCACCAGCCCAGCCACUGCCACCUGCAGAGGGUCCAUCUCAUAUCCAAAGCAACAGCCUCUGGGACCACCUGGACAGCCAUGUGGAUGCACAACGUGUAUCAAAUUGUACCGCCAGUGCAAUUGCAGAGGUCCAGAGAUAUUUGAAGGACAAGCUGCUUCCCAGGAUGGAGGACCCAUUAAAAUAUUGGCUCCUCCACAAGGCAGCUUACCCGUACCUUUAUAGAGUGGCUCUACAGUACCUCUCCACACCAGCAUCCUCAGUCCCCUUGAUUCUCAGACUGAAGAAACAGCUGGCAUUGCUUUGUGUUAAAACUGGAAUCAACCAGAUGUGA